GUUAUUUUUCCCCCGCAGGCAACAGAAAAUCGAACGCGCCAUAACAUUGUGUUGCUGUAGAAUUUUGAUUAUUCGCACGCAGUCGUGCUGUGGUGUAAAAUUUAAUUCAACAUGUUCGAAGAAGAUUGGGACUAUGAAUACAACCAACGUGGAGCCGGAAGCGAGUUCAGUCGGAUGCACUCGGACUCGAGGGCCGAUGAGACCUUCGACCGUCAAUAUUCUUCCCACUACAAAGUCCCAGACGCGGUGAAAAACUUCGUGCAGCAUUUCUUCUCCGCGUAUACGAGGAAUGACAGCUUUGAGAUCCAAAACAUUUAUGAGAAUCUGUAUCCUCAACUCACUGAGGAAUAUUUCAAAAGCACUCCUUGGCCGGAAGCCAUGGAUAUAGCUAUGUUCGUGGAAGAAGACGAAUUGUUUCUGACGCUAUACAAGGAGCUGUUCUAUCGGCACAUCUAUGCCAGAGCGCCGACUGCAUUAACGAUUCAGCAUCGUUUUGAGUCGUAUUGGAAUUAUUGCGCUUUGUUCAAUAUGUUUCUGAGCGCCGAUCGUCCAGUCGCAUUGGAAUUGCCGAAUCAGUGGCUCUGGGACAUCGUGGACGAAUUCAUCUAUCAGUUCCAGUCGUACGCCCAGUUCCGCGCGAGACUCAACAAGAAAAGUGACGAUGAAUUGGAUGCCCUCAAGAAGAGCCCAAAUAUUUGGAACGUGCAUUCUGUGUUGAACGUGCUGCAUUCGCUGAUUGAAAAGUCAAACAUCAAUGACCAGCUGGAGGCUUAUGCGAAUGGCAGGGAUCCCGAGCAAGUGGCGGGUAUUUUCGGAGUCCACUCUCUGUACAAGAUGUUGGGCUAUUUCUCGCUGAUUGGACUGCUGAGGUUGCAUUCCUUGUUGGGCGACUUCUACCAGGCUUUGCGUGUCCUGGAUCACAUUCAGUUCAAUAAAAAGAACAUCUUCAACCGCGUUCCGGCUUGUCAAGUGACGACUUAUUACUAUGUCGGCUUUGCCUAUAUGAUCAUGCGACGAUAUGCAGACGCUAUCCGGACGUUUUCGAACAUUCUACUGUACAUCCAAAGGACAAGGAAUAUGUUCCAGGCGAAGAAUUAUCAAAAUGAUUUGAUCAACAAGCAAACUGAGCAGAUGUACAUCCUGUUGUCUAUUUGUAUGACGUUGCAUCCUCAACUCAUUGAUGAGUCUCUGAUGCAAGUGUUGCGGGAAAAGCCGCAUUCGGAACGAAUGGCGAAAAUGCAACGCGGGGAUUUGCAGGAAUUCGACGUGAGCUUUUCCUUCGCAUGUCCCAAAUUUUUGUCGCCUUUGCCGCCGUCUGCGGAUGAAAUGCAAGUGAAUUUCGACAAGGAGCCGUUACAAUUGCAGCUGAAGGUUUUCAGCGACGAGGUUCAGCAGCAGUUGUACAUCGGUACGAUUAGAAGUUAUUUGAAGUUGUAUACCACUAUGCCGAUCUCGAAGCUUGCGAAUUUUCUGGAGAUGGAAGUGGAAACCUUGAAGGAGCAUUUGCUCUGUUUCAAGCACAAGAUGCGGAAUUUGGUUUCCACGAAGGGAUGUGUGUCCGCAUUGGAUGGCGAAUUUGAGUCCGGUUCGGAGGUUGACUUUUAUAUCGACGGAGAUAUGAUUCACGUGGCAGACACGAAAGUCUCUCGUCGUUACGGUGACUUUUUCAUCAGGCAAAUUCAUAAAUUCGACGAAUUGAACCGGAACCUGAAAGGACUCCCCUACUGUUGAAAUGUGUAUUAUCCGAAAAGUCCGCGAGAUUUUUUUGGAAUUCUGAAAACAUCCCGUUUCCUUAUUUCAAGGCUGAAUAAAGACUUUGGAAGGUG